CCGCUCUUCCCUGAGCAAAGCACUGAUGUAGUGUUCUUUGAUGGAUGUCGAUAUGUGGGUUAUUUAUUUACAAAGGUUUUUUUUUUUGAAACGUGUACUUUUACGUACUGUUGUUUUUACUUCCACCUCUUUUUCUAUUGCUUGCUCUUGUUCUCUUGCUCGUUUCCUAGUACUACUGUUGCCACUACUGCUAGCUCUUUUCUUUACUACUACUGAUUCCUCUUUUGUUUUCACACUAGUAAUCUCCUCUUCCUCUUCCUUGACAUUGUCAUCCUUUGUAAUAUCAGUCCCAUCUUGUGGUAAAACCCCCGUCGUUUCCACCUUGAUCUUUUUUUCUUCUUUCUUAACAACGCUCAACCGAUCUCCAAAAGAACGCAAAUCAGCUGUAAACAGUACCUAAAAUUUGUUUUUUUUUUCUCUAAUCAGCUUCGA